AAUAGAAUAAAUAAAAUAUAAUGCUUCCAUCAAUAACCCCGAAACCUCGAAGCACCUCUCUUAAUCCUCGUUUCUGCUCACCUUCGCGGUACAGGACUAACGUGAUAUGAGAUACGAAGAACAUUUUACAAACGAGCAGGAAGAACUUAGCUCUAAUGAAGAGGGAUCCUUUUAAGGUACAGAACAAGUUCCAUAACUCUUCAAUGGCAUCACCUAGCAUCCGCAAGGAUUAUUCUCCCAUCACUAAGCUAGCUACUUUGCCUCUGGACAAGAGGGUGGUUGACCUCAGAGUCGCCAUGAAGUCAAAUAGAGUCUCCCAACAGAUCCUUAAGAAGAGAUUAGCCGCUAAUAAGACAACUUUAAAUAGUAUGUGGAAAAGCAACAACCGGAGUGGAGGCUUUACUAAAAACUUCUUAGGCAGAAUGUACCAAGAUAAUUCUAUGAAUAAAGAGCUUAAGAGAGAUAUCACUUUGGAAAGAAUUCAGAAGAAGAUGGGUAAAAUUGAUACUCAAAGGCAACUAAUCCAAAACGAUAGAUACAAAAGACAAAAGAUUAUAGCUUUCUACAAAAAGAACUAUAAUAUAAAAAUAAAGAACACUGAUAUCCCAAUUGAGCGAUUAGAAGAAAUUCUCUGCACGAAAGUGACCAAGCAGAGCCAAUCUAAAGCUGCCUUGACCAUCCAAACUGCAUUUCGAAAGUACAUUGCCUUGAAACGGUUCAAAAUGUACAUCAAGAGAAGACUUGAUGCUGUCAUGUACAUCCAGAGAGUCUGGAAACGUUACAGGAUGAUCUCCAUGAUUCCUAAAGCAUGGCGCAAGUUCAAGAAUAAGCGUAUACUCCGCAUCCAGAAGUUCAUGAAAGGAUAUAUCGUUCAUAAAAGAACCUUUGAGACUCUCAGUAAGCUCAAGUUGACUCAAAACUUUGAGUAUUUUGGUCAGAUAAGACAUAAACUUUACGUAAACUCUCAGAUAAAGAUCAGGUAUUACUAUCUUAAGUGGAAGAAGAGGAUUGCCAUGAAGAAAAGGGCCUCGAUUAGAAGUGCCACAAAGAAUAAGAAGUUGAAAAUGACUCAUAAAUUUAAUAGCUUUAGGAAAGGAGCUGUUGUUUACAAGAAUCCUUCUAUACCAGCGUCUCCUGCAAAACUUAACUUGAACUCUACUCAGAAAGGUUCUAUAGGAAGUAGGAAGAUGACUAAUCUUGAAAGUCCGACCAUCAGGCCUACAGAAGUAGAAAACCCUGAUUCGCCUGUAAUAAGGAUGAACCCUGUCGGAUCUUUGUCAAGUCAAAAAGGAAUAGACAGCAUUAAUGAAGGAGAGGAGGAAUAGUCCCUUGUCUCCAUAUUUUGCUUAAGAUUUCAAUCUGG